GUUUCGGAUGGUGUUCGAAUUGCACGAAACAACUUAUUUUACAAAUAGUGGCCUUUCUGCACUGACGAGCGGUUCUCACCUUACACGACAGCCAUGGAGAGAAAGAGACAACGGCGACGACUUUCAAAGUCUCUGUCUUUGGGGCCAACCGAAGCAAAUAUCUUUCUGUUGAGUUCUUUCUCUCUAUUGUUUUGCUUAAACCUUCAAUCAGCCUCUCUACCUCAAUCAGCCAAUCAUCGCUAUUAUAUCGUAUUGUGUUCUCGCAUGUUCCUCUUGUUCUCUGUUCUCUGCUCUAACAAUGUAGACAGAUCCCUCCUUUACACAUGCCAGUAUCACGUUCAAUAAUGACAAUCACGAGAUGUGAGCGAAAGACACAGUGCUGUGUCUUUCGACGCCUAAAGCAAAUCCUCAUAAUCUGAGGAUGCACCACUGCUCUCGAACUAUCCUGUACACUUAAGCUACCUUUUC